ACCCUGUCCGUCGUCGUCGGAUUGGGAUUCUCUUCAACAACAACAUUCUCUUGAUCAGUCUAUCUCUAUAGUUCUGUCUUUCUCUUUUUGAUUCAUUCGAAUCGUCCUUCUUUUUUUCUUUCUUGACUAUCAGUCUUUUUGUCUGUUGUACAGACUUCAUUCUCUACACUCCACUUUCUCUAUACUUAGUCUCUUCAGACUUCACUAUCCUUCUUUCAAGUUCAAGAAAGAACACCACAUUCUAAAAAUCAAAAUGAUGUUCAAGUCCCUCCCUCUCAUGGCCACUCUCGCCACGGCCCUUCCCUACUACCUGAACGCCACCACCAACGGCACCGCUGCUGGCACCAUCACUCGUCGCGACGGCGGCGGCGGCGUCAACAUCGUCAACAACCUGGAUUCCACCGUCUACGCGUGGUCUGUGUCUGAUAGAGUCAGUCACAUGCAUACCCUCUCUGCGGGCGGCGGCAACUACCAGGAAUCGUGGCAAAGCAACGACAACGGCGGCGGCAUCUCCAUCAAGCUGUCCAUGACCGAGGACCAGUCCGACGUGCUGCAGUUCGAGUACACCCAGUCCGGCGACACCAUCUUCUGGGACAUGUCCUGCAUCGAUAUGGGCUCCGACUCCAGCUUCACCAAGAACGGUUUCUCCGUCCAGCCUAGCCAGACUAGCACCGACUGCCCCAGCGUCAACUGCGGUGCUGGCGACACGGCUUGCGCCGAGGCUUACCUCCAGCCUAAGGAUGACCAUGCUACGCACGGCUGCCCUAUCGAUACCUCGUUCCAGCUGAGCUUGGGUAACUAGAUUAUCUGGCUCUCACGAGGAACCAAAAAAAAUUAAGAAGAUGCGCUCUAGAUGAGUGGCUCACGGGAAAUGAUCCGGGAUGAUGUCAAUCAUCCUGCAUCAUCUUCCUCCUCCUUUAUGAACAUGACUUGACGCUACCACGGAAAAUGGAUGCAAACGGAAACGGAAAUGGGAAAAUUGGAAAAUCGGGCUGUGAUUUGAGAUCACCUUUGUGGAGUUGGGUGGGUUUUUUUGCGAAAGACUUUCGAUUUCAAGAGAUAGACUUUGUCCUUCCUUUGUUUGAUCGUUUUUUACCUUUCUCAGAUAUACUUUUUACUUUCCUUCGACGAUACCUUUGAUACAAUCAACUUUUCACCUUUUUGAGAAAAAAAAACAAAUGCUCUUCCAUCAUAC